CUGCCACACACACUGCCACAGUGUCACAUGUCACAUCACAACAACUGUCUGCUGAGUGCUGUGAUUGUUAGCUGCAUGCUUGUUGAAGAAAAAGCAGAGGAAAUUUUAACUUUUUGAGUAAAUAAAUUGAAGAAAUAUGAAUACGAAGGUUCUUUUAAACUUAAAAUCUUCUAUAGUUAACUUGUGUAUGAAAAACUACUUACAUAAUAAUGUAGCCAGCGUUACUAAAAUACACAGAGACCUUUACACAAGAAUGUAUCCUACUAAAGUUGUUUUACCUGAUGGAGCUUCAAUUAAUAUAAGAUACCACGAACCCAGGAAAAUUAUAAAGCUUCCCAUAGAUUUGUCCAAAUUAUCUGAAGACGAGAGAAAAUUAAGAUUGGAAAAAAGAAAGCCAAAGAGGAAAGUCAAAAUAGUUGAUGAUAUUCAAGAUGACUACAAUGCUAAGAAAUAUUUAAAAUAUAUCAAGAAAAAGUGAUCUAUACGACUUAGUAUUAUAGGAUUGUUAGUAAAAUAAUAGUAAUAAAAAGUGUGUUGUUGAAAUGCAUUUAUUAAAUCCAAAAUUAGG